AUGAAGCAAGUUGGUCUAAUGCUACCGUGUGCCUAUCAAGAGCACUUAGGAAAGAGAACCCCAAGUUGUCAGCAUAAGCUUUGUUUCUGCCCAUACAACCCCUCAUGGUUUCAGCAGUCCACACAGGAAUUAUGGAGGAAAAAUGUGAAUUGUAAAAUAUACGCAAAUUCAUUGAUUGGAGUGGGAGUUGCUUCAAGUUUCUAUCAUGCUUCAAGAGGGAGAUUGAGGAAGUAUCUCAGAUGGGCUGACUACACUAUGAUCGCAACAGCUACCGUGUGCCUAUCAAGAGCACUUAGGAAAGAGAACCCCAAGUUGCCAGCAUCAGCUUUGUUUCUGCCCAUACAACCCCUCAUGGUUUCAGCAGUCCACACAGGAAUUAUGGAGGUAUUUUUUUCAUUACCACUCUGA